AUGGGAAUUGCUCGACUUUCCCAAGAUUUGCUUCCUUACGCGGAACGCACUGCGCUUUCAGCUUCCCAAGCCUCGCAGGAAGAACCGAAGCCAGUCACCUCGUUGAUCAUCGACGGGCCAUCUCUCGUCUACUAUAUCUACAACAAGCUACUGGCGUACAAAAUCUCGACCAGUCCGACCCUGGUCGCCCAACAACCAAGUUAUGAAGAGAUCAACCAAAGCUUCACCAAGCUGCUUCUCCAUCUCGACACCCAAGGUGUUGAAUUACAGAAAGUAUUUUUCGAUGGCGCGCUGCCGAUCGCCAAACGCGAAAUACGCCUCGAACGGAUGGAGAAACUGCGUCAACAGCUCGAGAUGUAUCGGAAGACGUUUCCCGAGCUCCCAAUCCUCCCGACUCUUCCACGUAUCGAUCACGGAAAGGCGCUGUGGAGCACGCCCAUAAUUUCCAGUAGGAAACUCGCGCUCCCUGCGCCUCCAUUCAUGGUCGCCAGCGUCAUCGAGUGCCUGCGGACGAGCCGCUGGCGAGAUAUCGUGCAAGUAGUCCCUGGUGAAGCUGACAUUUUCUGUGCGAUACUCGCCAAAACGUCUGGAGGCGCGAUCAUGACCAACGAUUCAGACAUGGCAGUCCACGACCUCGGGUCUGAAGGUCGCAUUGUACUGCUACAUUCCCUCGAAAAGAAAGCCGCCGUCUCGCAGACAGGCAAAUCUAAUGGGUUGAUAUCAGCAUUGGCAUUCAAUCCCCGCCGCAUCGCUGAGCGGCUACAGGUUUCAUCACUGCUCAGAUUCGGCUUCGAACGAUACCUCGACCCAAGCUUAUCCGUCGCAAUGGUCAAGGAGCGCGCUCGAGAAAUCGAUAGACUUGAUGAUUUGAGUCUUCGGGAAGAAUACAAGGCAUUUUCAGAGCAGUAUGAAGAGGAAUCUAGCAUCUCAUCCCCACUCCACCACCUCCAUCAACAACAAAAAUCGUUACUGGAUGACCUCGACCCACGGAUAGCGGAAGCAGUUCUCUGUCCUGACUCCCCAACUGUAUACCUGACCCCACUGAACGAGGACCCAUCUCGAGACUCCUCUUGGUCGUACGGGUUUGAUAUCCGACAUGUAGCAUACUCACUUCUCCUGCGCUGUUCUGCAGCGGCAACUAUCAUACAUGGCGGCACGGUUACAGAAUACGCGAGAAAAGGCCAACGAAUAACUUCAACAAUCAUCAAAUGUCUCGACUUGGUCCGGACCCAGGAACGUAUGAUGGCACUCUUACAGUCGCUACCGGCAGAUACAACUACAACUAAUCCUCCUCCUCCGCUUUCGACAUCUCCCACAUGCCACAUGCUUCUACAGUGGUACACGCUCGCUCUUCAAUUCGUGAGCGAGCAGAGACUCGCUUCAGGGAAGACACCCUUGUCAGCCGACCUAGUUUUAGAUCUGUUUGGUCUCCCACAUCACCAAAACCCACCUGUUGCAAGACAACAGACGAGGCUCUCAUGGGACGAAAUGCAUAUUCUAGGGAAUAUGCAUGCGGUGCUGUACUCUUUCCGUAUUCUACGACAGCUGACACGGUAUGUGAUGGCGUCUUCUGCGAAAGAAGCGCCGCCACAAACCCAUGAACUCGUGAACAUGUUACCGACUCUGCUAUCUCGGCUCGACCGCAUGCCAAAUAUUCAAGAUCUGUUUCUGGACAAGCACGACCUACGCCGAGCAAUAAGCGAACUGGACAUUGAGAGUCGGAACCUGGCGUCCACAGAUAUCAAGAGUCUUUUAUCACCAACCGCGAAUCUCCAGGGCGAAGGCCAAUUGGAUGUUGGACAACAACUAAUUUCGGCAACCAGGGAUGGUGAUGGCGAGUGGGAAGGAGCGAAAAGUAAGCGCAAAAGAAAACGAGCAACUCAAUCGGAUACCCUCGCACCCGGGCCCAGAAGCAGGAGUGCGAACAUGUUUGAUCUUCUGGGCGAAAUAUGA